AUGGCGCCCACUGCGACAGGUGCCGCCGCCUCUUCGAGCGCAGGUCCCUCGACUUCGGCGGUCGCCGCGGCCCCGGACCCCGCCGAGAUGCCCGGAUCGCUGGAAGAGGCCCAGCAACGCUACCAGCAGACGAAAAAGGCACUGCGGGCCGGACUCGCACAGAAGCGCCAGAUCGACAAGUCGCUGACCGACCUCGAAUCGCAAAUCUACCUCUACGAGGCCUCCUACCUCGCCUCGACCGCCGCUUCGGGGGGCAACAUUGUCAAGGGAUUCGACUCCUACCUCAAAAACACCAGCAGCCAGAGCGCGGCGGCCGCAGCGGCGGCAAAGGGCAUCCCCAUCGAGGUGCCCCUCGAGGACCGCAUCUUUAGCCUCAGUAGCGCCACCUACCAAAAGAGCCUCGAGCUUAAAAAGGCAGAAGAGCUCGCAGCCGAGGCGGGCAAGGAAGACAAGAAGGAGAAGGAGAAGGAAAAGGAUAAAGACAAGGACAAGAGCAGCGGCAGCGGCAGCGGCAGUGGCAGCAGCAAGAAGGACAAGGACAAGGACAAGGACAAGGACAAGGACGACACGCCCAGCAAGCCGGAAAAGGAGGCGAAGAAGAGCAAAAAGGACCGCAACGCGUCAGAGGACCGGGACCGGCGGAGCGGGACGCCGCUGGCCAGAGACAAGGACUCGGCGAGCAGCGCCGUCUCGACGCCCGGCGGCAAGGCGGGCAAGACGACGAGCACCGGCCUCAUUUCGAAGCUCAAGCGCAAGGCCGAGGCCAGCGGAGGCAGCUCGGCCGGCACCCCGGGCGGCAAGAACAGCAAUAAGCGCAAGAAGGAAGACGACUGA